AUGGCUUUCUUACUUGCUGGUCUCUUGCUCCUGGCUGCUGCCCAGGCAGCUACUGUUGAACCGGUUGCUCUCCACUGCUACAACCUCCCCAUGUGGCAGGCCACCGGCAUCUCGUCUGGUUUCUCUGGCCCUUGGGCUCUUAUAGUGGAUCAGUGUGUUAAUACCACUGAUGUUAACAAUGCGUGCACGAUGGAAGGAUUCCGAAGCCGGUCUUCUAGUAUCGACCAGCAGGUUGAUAAGGGCUAUAUUGGAAUUGUCGGGCAACAGUACAGUGCCAUUACUCCUCUGCGCUGCAUCGAGGACACCGGCUUUGUAGUCAGCGUCCUCACCACCUCGGGCACCGCCGAGUUCAGGACUGUCAACAUAACCGACGUGGCAUCCGAAGCAGACAUUGGAUACGGCCUGGGUGCGGAUACCGAGAUGAUCCAGGCAUACAACCACUACAUUGAUGGCGUGAAGCAGGACGGUAUCUUCAUCGGUGCGCAUAAUGUCACCACCUGGGGUAUGCAACUCCAGGGUGGCGCGGGAGCGUGGUGGAAGCUUCGGCUUCUGGGCCCGGGUAGUGAGGAUGCCUCGACUGGAAAUGCACUGAAGGACGGAGAAUAUCAGACUUUUAUCCGCAUUGAUGGAAGUUAG